AUGAUGGAGGCCGAUGACCGUCGCUCCCUGGUUCCCGCGGCCUGGUCCGCGUCCGUCCGUGAAGUCGGUAUGGACGAGCGCCGCGAGGCAAGCUUCUCUCUGGCCUACGCCUUUGCCGAGGACCCGCUGAGUGUCUAUCUCGCCCGGGCCGGCGACUCCUCCUCCUCCUCGACCGAGCAGACGUGGAAGCUUCACCUGCGCAUCAUGACGUGCACGUUUGCGGCGUACAGGCUCGCGGGCCUCGUCACGACCAUUGGCCCGGACCAUGAUGCCGUAGCCCUGUGGACACCUCCCGGCAAAUUCAUGGAUGGCUGGUGGCCCACGCUCCGUAGCGGCACCUGGCGCCUCUUGUACCAGCUCCCGGCCGAGGCUCGCAAGCGCUUCUUCGACGAACUUGCCCCUGCCCUGCACAAAACGCGUCAAGAGACCAUGGGCGCCCGCAACAACGACACAUACUACCUGGGCUACAUCGGGACCAAGCCCAGUGCCAGGGGCAAGGGGUACGCCUCUGCCCUCAUCCGCGCCAUGGCAGACAAGGCCGAUGCUGAGAAUCGCCCCAUGUACCUCGAGUCGUCGGCGAGCGAGAACAACGGCUUCUACGCCGGCUUUGGUUUCGAGCUCAAGACGCGCAUCGAGCUCAAGCGCGGGCCCGCGCCCGUCAUCCUGUACUGCAUGGUCCGCGAGCCGCAGCCCGGCCCGCUCCAGGCCGUCGUGACCGAGUCGUCCAACGAAGGCGUCAAAGCCUGA